AUGAGUAGAAGUCAAUAAAAAUAAUAAUCAGCAGCUCAGCCAACAUAAUAAGCUAAUAAAAGUUAGGUAUAAUAAGCUCCAGCUGCAACAAAAGGAAAAGGUCCUGCUCCAGUAGUAUCUUAAUAACCAGCUGCAAGUGGUUUUGAUCCUUCGAAGUAUGUGAAACCAGGACUUAGCAAAGAAGAAGUCUAAAAAAUUAAGGAAUGCUUUGACAUCUUUGAUGAUGAUAAGAGUGGCUCAAUAUCUCCAAAUGAAAUGAAGAAUGCCAUCAUUGCUUUAGGAAUGGAAUAAUCAGCCGAAGAGAUUGUAAAUAUGAUUUAAGAUCUUGAUUAAGAUGGAUCAAGUUUGAUUGAUUUUGAAGAAUUUCUCAACAUUUUUGGAUUUUCAGGCACAAUUGAAGAUGAAUAAGUGCUUGAGAAAUUAUAUUAAGAAUUUGAUUCCUCUGGAUAAAGUAAGGUUACUUACGAGGAUUUCAAAAGAAUAAAUGAUUUGGUAUCAGAGAGAUACACAGAUUAGGAACUAAGAGAAAUGGUAGAAUAUGCAGAUAAAGAUAAGGAUGGCUCAUUAAGUUGGGAUGAAUUCAAAGCUGUUGUUUAAAAAGAGUAUCCAAAUCAAGCAUGAAUUUGAUAAAUAAUAGGAGCAAAAAAAAUCAGUCAUAUAUGCUAUUUAUUUCAGUUA